CAAAAACAGAAAAUGGCCAGAAUUCUUUCUGUCCUAUGGCUCCUUGGUCAGUUUUUAUAAAAAUCAGAAUCCAAGGCUGUAUAACAAAAAUAAGUCCAGCCUAUCUCAAACUGUUGUAGUUGUGAGAAAGAAAUGAAGGGGGAAUCCAUAGGCUGCUGUAGGUCCCAAACAGACACAAUAGACAUCAAGAUGAUCAGCAAUCCCCCCCAUGCUUUUGGAACCAAAGUGGAAUUCAAGUGUGAGUCUAACUACAUGGAUGCCGGAGUGUUCUGGGUUCUUCAGAAAUCAGAUGGUACACACCACUUCAUCUCACAUGUUACAUCAAGAUCUAAAGAGGUAACGGGAAUUCUCACAGGCUACAAGUCUUCAAAAACUGGCAACUAUUACCAGCUAACUAUUGCCAGCUUUCAGGAGAAGCACGAGGCUACCUAUUACUGCGUGCGCCAUCGCAAUCAGAAACUGCUUUUUAGUUCGGGCACCCCAGUCUACCUGCCAGUGAAAACUACUACCAUGCGUCCUACCACCCCACAGCAAAUUGUAGUCACCAGCAAAGGACUGAUAAGAGAAGAAGCUAUGAAAUGUCCCAAUUCUACAAUCAUAGCAAAGACAAAUCCAAAAAUUAUCUCCUGUGAGUUUUAUAUCUGGGUUCCCUUAGCUGGUGUUUCUCUCCUUCUGCUGAUCUUGGUAAUCAUCAUAUCAGUGUGCUGUGGUCCAAGGAGAAGCAAAAGAAAAUGUAAAUGUAAACGACCAACAAAUGGAACCAAUGGAACGCAUACUAAACCAUUCCAGAACAAUAAGUAGGACUUGCAACUGGAUUUCUCCAUGCAUUCUCAGGGUGUUGUAUAAAUCCAGCAUCACAAACAGACAGACUCUGUUAAUAGUUCUCUAUUCAUAUAUCAAGGAUGAAUGUCUUAGAUCAGAUCUUUGAAAUUAUAUGCUGUAGAAAUCUCUUCCCCAACUGUUAUAUGUUGCACUUGUGAGGAAUUGCCAGGUAUGUGCUGUUUUAACCUAACUGACAAUUCCUUAUGAGUAAAAGCCACUGUGCAAGAUUUAAGGGAUCUGGCAAAGCGAUGAUUCCACAUAUUCAUUUACUCAGCAAACAGUUUCUCUGUAAAUUGACACGAGAUGAGUUUUCUCCUGCAGCUGACCACACUGAUGGGUUAUGAAAAUAAAGCUAAUAGUUUAGUUUUAAAACAACAGUUUAGAAAUGUGUCAUAGAAAUAACAGAAAUGUGUAAUCUUAUGGUGUUUGUGGUUACAAUUAUGAUAGAAAAACUACAAAGUCAAGGAACAUUUAAUGGCAUUUGUUCUCUGGGUAGCCAGGUAGAAGGGAAGGGAAGCACUAUACUGGCAUCUUGUCUUUCCAUAUACACUUAGGUAUAUAUGUGUAUUAGUCUUGUUGCAGUUCUCUCCUUUCCUUCCACCCUGGGAGAUUUAAUGUUUAGUAACCUGGGAGGAUGGGUGAAGGGAUGCCAGCAUGUAUAUAUCAAGAAAAUUUUACAUCCCAAAAUCUCUGAAAUAGCCUAGAGAAGGACUGAAAAGAGAUAAUCUUUUACCACUAGUCAGUGUCAGAAAACAAAUGAUCCCAGUUUAAGAAGGAUUAGAGUAUCCUGAAGAUCCUGAAGAUCCUGAAGACCUUCUAGAGAAGACCUUCUCUAAAUUUAGUUCAUAGCAUCUCACGAUAGGACAAGGGAAGACCUUGGCUGAAACUUCAAAGCCAGACAGAAUAGUGAUUUGACUCAGCAUACAGCAACCUUUUUUGAAUUUGCUAUAGAGAAAAUCACAAUCAUUCUAUCUAGAGUGAGAUGAAAGAGAAAUAGAUGUCUUCUACGCCAUCAGUCUUUCUAUUUGCCUUGCCUGCACUUGAAAACCAACCCACCAUUUUUCCACAAUGUCCUCUCUGCCCACAGAUCUCUAAUACUUUCAGGAUGAUGUUGUCUGUGUGCUGUAGAGAAUACCUUCAGCUAACCAUUGUUUGCCUUGUGUCAAUCCAAGGUAUCCAAUAAGCUAAGCAGAGAUAAUGCUAACCGCUCAGUGCUUCCUCUUUCUGUUUCAAACUGGCCAAUUACUUGAGUGUACUAUCCCCAGAGCUUCCAAUGCUCUAUGAAUACACACCUCUUCAUCUUCCAUGCCCAACAGCAAAGACUGAAGCAGAUGUUAUUAAACUAAACUAAAUGAAAUCCAUCUAGGUUCUAGGACAUAGCAAGCAGUACCUUCAAUGGAAAAACAGAUUUCUGCAAGCAUAGAGUGAACUCAUGAGGUUACCGGUUUCUUCCAUUCCUGAAGAGAGGCCAAGUUAAUACAAAUGGAUUUUCCAGGAAUAGCAAGGAAGCAGAGCUUUUGGAAAUGUAUCUCUCUUUGUUCAAAGACAACAUCAAGUGUUCAAAGAGAUGCAUAUCAGUUAAAAUUAGUAUAUGGUAGAGCUCACAGAAAGAAAGGGAAAUAAGAUAAAAUGUAUCUCAGUUGCUUGUUUCUUUAUGAAGUGACUUACCGCAAUGCUAGCAAAUGCUAGCAAAAAGGUUACCAACAUGAUGGUUUGCUUGCUAAAAACGAAAGCUUACUUGUAUUUCACUCUACAGAUAUAUCACAGCUGGUAAUGGAAAAAAGUCUAUUACUGACUUCUCAUAUGUAACAGACUAAAUGCAUGUGCAUUAUAUUUAAAUUUAGGCUUGGCAUGUUCUUUCUGUCUGCUCAUAGGUGCUUUUACUGAGAUCUCCAGAACCUGACCUUGAACACUGUAAAAUCUUAAAUUGUCCUAAUAAAGAAAUUAAC